AUGAAUCUAAUUCAGGAGAGUAAUAAGGCAGUUGAUGAUGAGACUGAUGACUACCUAGUAGACUAUCCGGAUAGUGAUGAAGACCAUGAGGAGGACGAUCAGGAGGACAAUGAGGAUGAAGAUGAGGAGGAUGACGACGAUGUCCAUGAUGAGUUGGCAGGUCAAGAUGAUGAAGACCGCGAUGAUGAUCCAAUACAUAAUAUAGGUAAAAUAAAAUAUUGUAUUCGUUACAUUGUAAAAUGUUGCCUUAACAAGCGCAAUGACUGGGAGAUAGCGUGCCCCUUCAAAACGGAGUUGAUGCACUCUACAAAGUUAGUGGUCAUAUGA